GUUCUUUGCAACAUUCAGGUGCACCUUCUUUUGACCUUUGUACAUUCCCGUGCAUAGCACAAUUUCAGAAAAAUGGGAUCUUCUACUCCAGAGUUGCCCCGCGUCCGCGCAUGUCUUUUUGACAUGGAUGGUCUCCUGAUCGACUCAGAAGAUAAAUACACUUGUGUUACGAAUACUAUCCUUAACGAAUACGGAAAACCAAACCUCCCCUGGUCAAUCAAGGCCCAAUUGCAAGGUCGACCGGCACCACAGGCCGGUAAGAUCUUCCACGACUGGGCUAAACUCCCAAUUACCCCGCAAGAAUUUCUGGAGAAACAAGCCGCCUUGCAAGCGCAAUAUUUCCCUCUAUCUCAGCCGCUGCCCGGAGUUAUGACUCUUCUGUCCAAAUUGGCCUCGACCCAUAUCACGGAUCAUCCUGUUCACGUCGCCCUGGCUACAUCAUCGCACAGGAAGAAUUGUCAAUUGAAGACCGAUCAUCUCCCAGACCUGUUCACUACGUUCCCCGAGUCUCAGCGGGUGCUGGGCGAUGACGCGCGUAUUGGAAAGGGGAGAGGAAAGCCCUUGCCGGAUAUCUAUUUGCUGGCACUGGAGACUAUCAACACGAAUCUAAGGGCUAAGGGGGAAACAGAGAUCAAGCCAGAGGAGUGUCUCGUCUUCGAGGAUGCGGUUCCUGGCGUGGAGGCAGGUCGCAGAGCCGGCAUGCAAGUGGUUUGGUGUCCUCACCCCGGUCUUUUGGAGGCUUACCAGGGCCGUGAGGCAGAGGUUCUUGCAGGACUCACGGGCCAGCACAAGGAAGAGGAGAAGUCUGCAGCGGAGAAAGAAUCGGAUGAGUUGGAGGCGUGGAGACUGCAGGGGGCAGGUAGCCCCGGUGAACUUGAUGAUGGUUACGCAGUGUUGCUCCGCACUCUGGAGGACUUUCCUUAUGAGAAGUUCGGUAUUCGACCUGCUUAGAGGUGCCUCUUUCUAGAAACAUGAUUUGCGUGAAUCGUUCUAUUGUACAUGAAAAAGAUACCCUGUGCGAAAAGUGACACUAAACCUUUGUAAAUAAAGGCGGGCAAGUCGGUGCUGAUAAAAAAUAAAGUACAGUCCAAUAUAAAACCCAGAAGCCAUUAAAAGA